AUAAAUAAUGAAAUAUUUUAUAUUGAUUUCUAAUUAAAUUCAUUCACUAUUCAACUGCGUUGACAUAUUGACACAUAAAAAUCAUCAUCAUAAUAAACAUUGAAAAUGUUUCCCUUAUUGUUAAGUGUUUUUUUAAUGAUUUCCUCUGGUAAUUCAGCUACGAUCUCUUCAUUAAUGGACUUACCAUUAACUUUACCAAAGGGUAAUCACAUAAUUCACGCGACAUUAAAAGAUCAGAAUACUGGAGAUAAAUUUUCGAUGAAAGAGUUUAUUUCAUCGACAUCAACAAUUAACGGGAUGAUUGUGGUUGAUACGCCUAAGGAUACAUUCAAUGUUUAUUACAAUUCAAAGGAUCCAAACGGGAAGGAUAAUUAUGAACGACAAGUGAUUAUGGGUAUCGAUUGUUCAUUGUAUAAAUAUAAAUUUAGUUCGUAUUUUAAAAAACUACCUGGAGUUAGUAAACAAUUGACAAGCGUACUAAUUUCUAUGGGACCAUCGAUACUUUAUCGUUUUGCCCACGGUUCAUUCAUUUGGGAAAAGAGUGCGGAUAAGAUUGUCAGAGGUACCACGAUGAAAAGUUUUAAAACUCAAAUUCAUCCUAAAUUGAAUAUCACUUAUUACUACAAAUCUAAUUUGGAUCAGCAAUCAGGUCUACAAGCACCGAGUCGAAUUUUUUUCAGUGGCAAAGAUCUAUCAUAUUCAGGGUAUUUGCCGUCAGAGCAUUUAAUUUUGGAAAUUUAUUUACAGAAAAUGGACUCAAAAAGUGAUUUAUCCAAAAUCGUCAAUCCACUUCCAGGACUCGGUUGUCCAGCUCACUAUCAAGAUAACUUACCGAUUCCAAAUCUGAAUUUCCAUCUCGUCCAUAUGAUACUUUCCGAGACAAUUACUGGUCCAACAACUACGAAAACUGUUAGCGAGAUUUAUGCUAAUGAUAAACUCAAAUUGAUACGUCUGAAAACAUCGCUUCUUGGUAUUGAAACGGAAGCUCUUUAUGAUUAUUCACUUGGAAUAGUUAAUAUGUUUCAAGAUGGCGGAUCUUGUAACAUCCAAGCAGCAGAAAAAACAUCACCCGGUAUCAACCAAUGGACAAAUAAGUUUAGUUUGAAAACAUUAUUCCAAUUAGAUGGACAAUACAAUUAUCUGGGUAAAAUGUAUCUUAAAUAUCGAUCUGGGCUCGUGGUGAAAGCAUGGGAAUCGGUCAGCUAUUAUGAUAUUGUCAAUUCAAAUAAAUACGAUAAAGUUGUGACUACUCAAUAUUUCACUGAAACGACAGAUAAUAGUGCUUUCAAUGGAUACCUGAUUGUUGCAACGAUCAUUAAUUGUUAUAAUUUAGAUGCUAAGAAAGAAAAGUAUCAACUUGUUGAAGUUAUUCAAAGAGAUUAUUUGGAUUUCCAAGUUGCUGAGUCUGAAUCUGAAUUUCAUGAUAAAUUCUCAUUGAAUGGGUGUAAAUAUUUCACCAGUGACAUGACACUUAACUUUCAACUUGGAUGCAAAGAACUGGAUUGUAUCAAAUUCGCUCAAGAAAAUGUGUACGCAUUGAAAGAGCGUUUCAGAGAGGCGAUCUGUCGAAGAUUUGACAUUAGCCCUUUACGACUCAGUACAAUGGACGUUACUUUCAGUACAUCAACGAUUGAUAUAAGGAUCGAUUUUCUUGAAAUACCAAAUCUACAAGGUCUAUUUUCACCCAAAGUAUAUUUUGUCAAUGAUGAAACAUUAAAGGGAUUAUCACGAACUAAGUCAGCAAGCGAAACUGACUGUUUAAGCCGAUUAUCAACUAGUUUGCAAAAUUUUGAUAUUGUACUGUUUUGUCAAGAAGGUAAUAUCUGUGGUACCAUGAAGGGGAUCGAUAAUGUCAAGGAAGAUAAUGUAAAAGGUGAACCCUGUCGAUUGUAUCAAAUACCGUUGCACAAUUUGUACCGAUUGAGUCGAGAAAUUUCAAACAAAGAUCUUCAGUCCCGUUUGCUAAUACGUACGGCUUUCAAGAACAUCUCAUUGACCAAUGAAUUCAUGAGGCCAAUUAAUUACAGCAUAAUCGAUAUACUAGAUGAGACUCGAGACAGAACUGACCAUUCGCAAGAUCUUUUCUAUCUUUCUCAUGGUGCUUCAAAGUUACAAGUUGAUGAUUCUAAUGUUGUUGUGGUGCCGAAUGCGAAAACAUAUGGUGACUGUUAUCGAGCUUGUAAGAAUUCAGAUGAAUUGGAAUGUCGAACUUUAUCUUACUGUUCAGGGGAGAAAGAAAGUGAAUGUGCUGUUACAAAUAUGACCUCAGAAAACGCUCCAAUUGAUGUGACCAAGAGUGACACGAACUGUGAAGUUUAUGCUAAAAAUAAUUUACUCGAUUAUUCAGUGAUUGUAAAUCGACGAUUCAAGUCACCAUCUUCAAUCUCUUUGGAAUUAUAUGUUAGUCAAUGUGCCUCAGAAUGUGCUUCAGAUCCAAAUUGUUUUUCUUUCCAAAAUUGUGGUCGAAAUUGUAUUUUGGGUGGAUUUUAUACCGAUUCCAGCACCGAAUAUGAUUCUUAUUGUGAAAUUUACAUUCCUAAAGUUUCAAAUAAAUAUCAGUCCACAGGACGAAAAAUUGUAUCGGAAACUUUUCAUGUCGAAUUGAAUUUGAAUCAUGAUCAAUGUGCCGCUUUGUGUUACAGUUGGGCCGAUGGCCCGGACUCUUGUCAAUCGUUCAAUUUCUGUCCUGACGGUCGAUCAACAAGUACUUGUUCUCUAUCCAAAUACUCAGUUGAAGACUCGAAUACUAAAACUACAGAAUCAAAAAGUUGUUUCAAUUACAAACUAAUUGAAAAUUCGAAUAAAAAUAAACAAUCAAAUCCAAUCGUACAAAAAGGUACCAGUGGAUCAGCAGCAUUUGGAAUAAUCUUGAUUUUCUUGGCCACAGGUUUCAUAUUCGGGGUUGGACUUCCGAUUGCAUAUUCGAAAAUGCGAACAUUGUCAAGUCGAAGUGCUCAAGGUUUAAGAAGUGAUCAACGUUUCAUAUGGACACGACAAAUGGAUGAUGAACCAGAAAACUAAUCGAGUCAACUAAUUGCCAAAUUCACCUGUUAUUAUUUUAAUCGAACAAAAUCAAUGAUAAUUUAAUUGUUAAAAUGACAAUCGAGACUAAAUAAAUUGAACAUUUUAUUUAUUGAUGGUAUUGACCAAUCAAACGCUAGAUAUAAAUGAAUGUUUAUAUGAUUGAUUAUCUUGCAAUAAACUCCAUUGUUAUAAUAGCU